UGCUGUCUGUAUUUUUCAGUAUUUUUUACAAGCUCUUCUCACAACCCCUCGCCUCUACGCUAGCAAUUUGACGCAAAUCCUUCUGAAAUGACUUCUCGCAAGGCCACCCACGCCGGUAGCUGGUACACCGAGUCUGGCGACAGACUUGACAGAGAGCUCCAGGGAUGGCUCAAUAUUGUGCCCGCCGCCGUUGAAGAAAUAGUGCCAGCCGGCGGUACCCGCGCCAUUAUUGGCCCGCAUGCCGGAUACAGCUACAGCGGACCCAACGCCGCCUAUGCGUACAAGUGUGUCGACAUCGCCAAGGUCAAGCGUGUGUUUCUACUUGGUCCAUCGCAUCACAUCUACUUGGAUAACUGUGCACUGUCGGCAUGUUCCGAGUAUGAAACGCCACUGGGCAAUAUUGCCAUCGACAAGGAUACCAUCGGCGAACUGCGUGGCAAGGGCACCUGGCGCACGAUGAGUCUGGAGGCCGACGAGGACGAGCACAGUUUGGAGAUGCACCUGCCGUACAUUUACAAGACAUUCGAGAGCAAGAUCCAGGAAAUCAAGCUGGUGCCGAUCCUGGUUGGUAACCUAAGCUUCCAGAAGGAAAAGUACUACGGUGAGAUCCUGGCACCGUACCUCGACAACGAAGAGAAUCUGUUUGUUAUCUCGUCAGACUUUUGCCACUGGGGCAGUCGGUUCCGCUUCACCUACUAUCGCGGGUCGGAGCAGCAGCGCCCGGUCAAGCUGCAGUCGAGCGACCGUCGCAGGCCAGACGGCAAGCCGAUCUGGCAGUCGAUUGAGCGGCUGGACUGGGAUGGGAUGGAGGCCAUUGUGGACACAGACCACAGCGCCUUCAGGCAGUAUCUGGAAGAGACUGGCAACACGAUCUGUGGGCGUCAUCCAAUCGGUGUCCUGCUGGCUGCUGUGAACCAUCUGUUCCCGAACCAUACUGAAGGCCCUGUCCUCCGAUUUGUCAAGUACGACCAGUCGAGCAAGGUUGCGUUUCCUACAGACUCGUCGGUCAGCUAUGCCUCGGCGUACCUAGCACUUCCUUGAAGAGUCGCAUGCAUGCAUUCAUUUUCUGUACACACAAAUAUACUAGAAGAAA